UUCAAACUGUCUACGAAUAUGCAUCUCACUAUAUUAAAUGAGAGUGAUUAUAGAGCGCGAAAUUUAAAAUAUAAGGAAGAUAUCGCUUAUGUAACCAAACAUAGCAAGUGGAUUUUGAAAUCUAUCGGUAUUUGGCCAAUAAUUCUAAAGGAUGUUGCAAAAUUUCUACCGAAAAUCGUAAUUGGAAUUAGUAAUUUUGUCCUACUAUUCGCCAUUAUACCAUGUAUCCUGUAUAUCAUACUUGAAGAGAAAAAUAAUUUAAUAAAAUUAAAAUUAUUCGGUUUAUUGAUGUUCUGCUCGAUUGCGUUGAUGAAGCACUGGGCACUCGCCUAUCGCAAACCAAAAAUUAAAAAUUGCAUCGAACAGAUACAGAAUGAUUGGGAACAGGUAAAAUUAUAUGAAGAUCGCGAAAUGAUGUUAAAAUACGGACAAGUGGGUAGAAAUUUAACAAUAAUUUGUGCUGUUUUUAUGUAUACCGGUGGCAUUAUUUAUCACACAAUUUUACAAUAUGAAAUCGGUACGUUUAUCGAUGAAUAUAACCAUACAAUCAAACCAGUGAUCUAUCCCACAUAUAGCGGCCUAUUUAAUGUUCAAAAAAGCCCGAUUUAUGAAUUAAUAUAUGUUCUUCAUUGCACAUGUGGAUACGUCAUGUAUUCCAUAACUGCUGGUGCUUGUGGAUUAGCCGCACUUUUCGUAACACAUGCUUGUGGACAAAUUGAUAUCGUUAUAGCUCGAUUAAAUGAUCUUGUACAUGCCAAAUAUGGCAAAGGAAAAUUUAAUCUGAACGCACGAUUGAUAAAAAUUGUUGAACAUCACUUACAAAUUUUAAGAUUUUCAGCAACAGUACAAGUGAUACUGCAAGAAGUAUGCUUUCUAGAAUUUAUUGGUUCUAUCUUUUUGAUAUGUUUACUCGAAUAUUAUUGUAUAACGGAUUGGGAAUUAAAAAAUACCAUUGGUCUUACAACAUAUAUAAUAUUAUUAAUAUCUCUAACAUUUAAUAUAUUUAUAUUAUGUUAUAUUGGUGAACUUCUAAUGGAAAAGAGCAGCAGUAUUGGAUUAUCCUGUUUUAUGAUUGAUUGGUAUCACUUACCUGUUAAGACAAUUCAAGGGCUCAUCCUAAUAAUCGCCAUAUCAAAUAGUCCAACGAAAAUAAGUGCUGGUGGAAUAGUUGAUUUAUCUCUAUUUACUUUUGCAAAUAUUUUAAAAACAUCAUUUGUGUAUUUAAAUUUCAUUCGAGCUGCAAUCAUGUAAUAAUUUAGCAAUUUUUGUUUUAUAGUUAGCUUAUAUAACAUAUCAAAUAAAAAAAAUGUAUUA